AUGAAUUGUGCACCACUCUCAACUAUAAAGACAUGCUGCCCAUUGCUCCAAGAUUCUAUUCAACAACUAUCAGAAUCACCAACAUCCGCAAAAGAAGCGAAGCAAUCACCAACAUCCCACUCAAUCUCAAGCAUCAUGCGUUUCUUCACAGCCAUCGCCACAGCAGUCCUUGCGCUCGCCACUUCAGCAUACGGUGCACCAACUCCCGACGCACUCCCCUCGGGCUUCGAGCCCAUCACGCGCGACGAGAUCCUCCGACGCCUCGAAACAAGCCCAGUCGAGACCAGCCCGCUGGAGAAGCGCACUCCUGGCAAUAUCUAUCUCUGCACCGGCGCCAACUACUCCGGCACCUGCGGCGCCAAGGUCCAGCCUUUCAACACGUGCAUUGUCUUGACGGCUCCAUAG